CCCUUAGAUCGCCGCGACGUCUUCACCGUCUUCGGUUUCUGUGUGACUAUUUUGUGGCAAGAAAUGUGUUUAGAUCAAUCUAAAGGGCAGGUGGAUUAAGAGCAAUGGAGCACUAGCAAUCAAAUGCUGACCUACAUCUACACAAGGUCAUGUAACCUCAACACCUCAACACCCAUGACGGAGAUAGCAAUCAACAUGCCUCCCAUCCCGUCGGUAUCGUCCGACGAGGUAGAGGAUGAGGUCGCAUUCAAGAUCCUCAACCAAGAUAACCUCCCGGUCACAAUGACCAUCUCCGGAGAGUCCAUUUUCAAGCCGUUUGGAGGAGACGCGCUCAAACUUAAACCCAAUGUCAUUGUACAUCCCACACGGAGAAUACCAACCAACCUUGAGGAGAAUAAGCAGAGACCUUUUGCGCAAUCUAGCGGGAAUAUUCAUAGGGAUGAGCAGAAACCGAUGAGGAGGAAAAGCAGUUCGCAUGGGAAUCUGGUCAAGAGUAAGUUGGAAGAGCUCAAGCAGCAACUGGAUCAUAAGUUCACGAAGACUUUAGAUUUCAAGUUGAGAAAACUGCAGAAAAAUGAAAAACAAAAUAAGAAAAACGCGGAGAUAUCAAGAAAACCUUUCGUAACAACAGUGAAACAGGGGGAAUUUUUGGAACCUCCUCCUGAAAUCGCCAGCCUUAUUGGCAUAAAGGUAGAAUCACCUUCACCCAAAAAAGAUACCAAGGAGAUACAAAAAUUGUAUGCUUUUGCCAGUCAACCCAGAGUUCUGAACAGGCCUCCUGCACAGGUGGUGCAUGUUUCCAGGUGUGAUGCUGCAGCAAAGGCUGUGGCAAAAGUUGCAGGUUCAGUUGUAGGAUAUAAGAAUGAGAAUAUAGACUCGAAAUCCAGCGAUGUUCCGAUUUCGUAUACGAACGUUAUGUAUGAGAAAAGGGUAUUCAGAGGCAGCAAUUUUGCCGCUGCACAUCAGCUUGGGCAGCCGAAGUGGAAUCCAAAUUUUGCAUACGCCAAACUUCUAUCCAAAGACGAGGGCGGUGAAGGUGAGUCGGCAGCAGCCCGCGCGGCGGAAGCGCGAAGACGUGCCUUAGCGCGUCGUAAAGCGAAGCAUCAGCAGAUCCGCUCCUCGCAGCUGAGGCUGGGUUCACCACCUGCAGUACCCGGUCGACAACAUGAACGUGUGCAGACUGAGCAGUACCUGGAGGAACUGUUCGUGAACCCGCCCGUUCGUGAUGUUUGCACGCAGACGGACCUGUUCGUCGAACGGCCUGUAUCACCCUUCUACGUGCCCGCAAAAACCGGCGCAGAUGUCGCCACUCAAAUAUACCCAGGAGAUCUAUUCGAUUUCGACAUGGAAGUGCAACCGAUUCUGGAAGUGCUUGUUGGCAAGACGAUCGAGCAGGCACUGAUCGAGGUACUGGAAGAAGAAGAGUUGGCAGCGCUACGCGAGCAGCAACGUCGCUUCCUGGAAAUUCGCGCAGCGGAAACAGCCGAAGCGCUCCGAUUGGAGGAGCGAGAAAAACGGCUCACCGAAGAGAAGAAGAGAAGGAUAGCAGAAGCGGAAGCGGGACUGACGGCUCAGAAAGAGAUGGAGGAAAGAAUAGCCGCAUCGGUGCUUAUGCAAGGCUACAUGACCGACUUGCUACCUGGAGUCUUGGAAGGGCUCGAGUCCGAAGGGUUCCUCACGGACAGCAUCAGAAAAGAUUUGGACGAGUCAUUCAUGCCAUGGCUAUUGAGGGAAGUCACGCAAGAACUUCAAGAAAUGGUUAGCAGCAGGGAUAUACUGACAGAUAUCGUCAGAGAAAUCCUAGAAAACAGAGCAGAAAUAUAUGAUGCACUGAACAAAGAAACCCAUGGACAUGAGCCUGAAGAGGAGGGCCCAACGAUGGAAGAAUUGCUUCUGAGAGAUCACAUUAAACUCCAAGAGGAGAUCAAGAAAGAAGAAGCUGAAACCGAAAAAACUGAACCAAAAUAAACAUACGUGUACAUCAUUUGAAACAUGUCAGCAACACCAACCUGAACAAAUUAGAAGCGGCAACUAGAUGCACAGUGAUAGUACCUACAAAGUGUAUUUUGGAAGUAAUGAUAUACUGUUUAUAAAAUUAUAUUGUUGAAAUAUAACUAUUCUUUAUU